UACCAGAAAAAAAAACACCAAAAUACAGAUAUUAAAAACACACAAAAACAAGCAGCAAAGUUUUUGAAAAAAUUUUGAAAUAUCAUACCCUAAUACAUAUAUAUACUUAUAUAUAUAUUGUGUGUGUGUGAGUGCGUGAGUGUUUGCGCGCGACUGUGUUUUUUUUUUUGAGUAUUCCCCCUCUCCACCCACCAAUCCACUCCACCGUCCACUCAAAAAUCCUACGAAAUAUUUUGAAAUUGUAUUUUGUGUGUGCCGCCAGUCAGUCAUACAUACAUAUAUAUAUCCAUAAAAUCCAUCAGAACCCACCGUAAAGCACCACCGUUAAAAAUAUGUCGCAUUCAGUGACCAUAACCCGUACCACGACCAGCACUACGAAUACCUCGUACAUAGUCCUCAAUACGGGCUAUCUAAAGACCUUUCCCGGCAUACUCAAGUUCUUUGAGCUGGUAAUUGGCGCCGCCAUUGUUGGCAUUUUGGCCUUCAAUUAUGACGACUAUUAUCGUUAUUACUCAACAGGACAUCAGGAUCUGUUCCAUUUCCUGAUGGCCACCACAUUUAUGAUAGGGACAUUUUGUUUACUCUUAGCCUGUCUGACAUCGCUCAGCACUGGCGGCAUUAUAGCCAAAACCAUUUAUGAGCUGAUCUAUCACAGCAUUGCGGCCAUAUUGCUUUUGGCUUCCUCAACGGUUUUGCUAUUGAAGUUGCGCGAUCGUAAACAUGAUGGCUAUAUGAUUGCUGGCAUUUUGGGCCUGGUCAAUACCGUAUUGUACUUCAUUAGUGCAUUCCUGGCACAUCGUUCAUAUCGCGGCAUUUAAGUGAACCGGCAAAAAUCAAAGCCAAAACAAAUAUGCGCGUUUGUGUGUGUGCGUGUGUUCAAGUCCAAAACUGCAAUCUCGAAGCAUUUUUAUUUUUCAAACAAAAUCAGAUAUAUAAAUAUAUUGUUAAAUAUACAUACAUAUAUAGGAUACAUACAUAGAAAAAGAAGAAGAAGAAAUUAUGGAUUAUUUGUUGUAAUGUGAAA